ACGCUGCCCGGAUUCGCGACGCGCCAGUUUCCAGCGCCGCCGCGUCGCUCGCUUCGCUCCCGGAGACAUGAGGCGGAAGGAGAAGAGGCUGCUGCAGUUCGCCGGGCUGCUCAUCGCGGCUCUGCUCUUCCUGCCCAACGUGGGGCUGUGGUCCUUGUACCGGGACCGAGUCCUGGACAGCUCCACUGACAGGGCGGACGGGAUUCACCUGAUACAGAGGCUGUACGAGCUAAAGAAGUUUGCUGAGGUGGGAGCUGACGGCGUGAGGAGGACAGACUGGCACGACUACGAAGCCAUGAAACGAGACGCUGCUCGCGUGGGCAACGGUGAGCAGGGGAAGCCGUUCCCCCUGGCGGAGUCGGACCGGGUGGACCAGGCCUACAGGGAGAACGGGUUCAACAUCUACGUCAGCGACCGGAUCUCCCUCAACCGCUCGCUCCCCGACAUCCGCCACCCAAACUGUAAACAGCGGCUGUACGCGGAGAAGCUGCCCAACACCAGCGUCAUCAUCCCGUUCCACAACGAGGGCUGGUCCUCGCUGCUGCGCACGGUCCACAGCGUCCUCCACCGCUCGCCGGCGCCGCUCGUGGCCGAGAUCAUCCUGGUGGACGACUUCAGCGACAAAGAGCACCUGAAGGUCCCACUGGAGCAUUACAUGAAGCGCUUCCCAAAGGUCCGCAUCCUGAGGACCAAGAAGAGGGAGGGUCUGAUCAGGACCCGGCUGCUGGGCGCCGCCGCCGCUACAGGAGAAGUCAUCACCUUCCUGGACUCGCACUGUGAGGCCAACGUCAACUGGCUCCCUCCUCUGCUGGACCGGAUUUCCCAGAACAGGAAGACCAUCGUGUGUCCGAUGAUCGACGUGAUCGACCACGACACCUUUGGCUACGGAACGCAGGCGGGCGACGCCAUGCGAGGAGCGUUCGACUGGGAGAUGUACUACAAACGGAUCCCCAUCCCCCCGGAGCUGCAGGGCCAGGACGCCAGUCAGCCCUUCGAGUCACCGGUGAUGGCGGGUGGACUGUUCGCUGUGGACAGGAAGUGGUUCUGGGAGCUGGGAGGAUACGACAGAGGUCUGGAGAUCUGGGGAGGAGAGCAGUACGAGAUCUCCUUCAAGGUGUGGAUGUGUGGUGGUCGGAUGGAGGACAUCCCCUGCUCCAGGGUAGGACACAUCUACAGGAAGUACGUCCCCUACAAGGUCCCUGGAGGAAUCAGCCUGGCAAAGAACCUGAAGCGCGUGGCGGAGGUGUGGAUGGACGAGUACGCCGAGUACGUGUACCAGCGCCGGCCCGAGUACCGCCACCUGUCGGCAGGGGACAUGGCGGCACAGAAGGAGCUGAGGACCAGACUCAGCUGCAGGAGCUUCAAGUGGUUCAUGAGUCAAGUGGCGUGGGACCUGCCCAAGCACUACCCGCCCGUGGAGCCUCCGGCCGCCGCCUGGGGAGAGAUACGGAACGUUGGCAGCGACAUGUGUAUGGAAAUUAAACACUUUGUGUCCGGAAGCCCGAUCCGAUUGGAGAGCUGCGUGAAGGGCCGGGGGGAGGUUGGCUGGAGCCACGGGCAGGUGCUGACGUUCGGUUGGAGGGAGGACAUCCGGGUCGGCGACCCCAUGCACACAAGGAAAGUCUGCUUCGACGCCGUCUCCCACAACAGCCCCGUCACCCUGUACGACUGCCACGGCAUGAAGGGGAACCAGCUGUGGCGCUACAGGAAGGAUCGGAGUCUGUUUCACCCCGUCAGCAACAGCUGCAUCGACAGCAGCCCCAGCGAGCGGCGCAUCUUCAUGAGCACGUGCGACCCCUCCUCUCCCAGCCAGCAGUGGCUGUUUGAGAGAACCAACGCCACCGUGCUGGAUCACUUCAACAGGGACUGAGGGCAGAGGCGCCGAUCAGGAGCGUGUUCCAGAGACCGAGAUCAGUGAACGGUCAGAAAAUGGUCGGAUGCUGCUCCAGAAACGCUUCCUGUGGCACAGAACUCAGGAAGCUGAAGAGCCGGUUUGGACCACACUCACACAUGACAACAAGAAUCCAAUCACGCAGCACAAGCCUGAGUUGAGGAAGGAGAGGGAAAGCGACGGCUGCCCUGGAAAUCCACCGAGCAAACCUGCACUUUGGACUCCAACAAUUGCUUCACUGCUGGUUUUUCAAACAGUCUCUGCUGGAUGAUCUUUUUCUAUAUUUUUCUAUUGGUGCCUUAAGAAUUCAACACCAAGGAUUUGCCCUCUGUGUUCUCACCUGGGAGAGGCCGUUCUCCUGCAGAGCACAGGUGCAGAGAGACAGAGCAUGUUACAUGUGCAGCUCGUCUGAAAAGAGCAGAUAUUUUUCUACUGAGUAAUAAAAAACAGAAAAUGUG